GCGCUCCCGCCGCCGCCUGGCGCCUCCUCAGCGGCGGGGCCGCCCCGCCCGAGCCCCCCCGGGACGGGACCGCGGGGCCCUGCGCCGAGCUGUAUGAAAACCCCUGGACCAUCCCAAAUAUCCUGUCCAUGGCGAGAAUGGGUCUGGCACCAGUUUUGGGCUAUUUGAUCGUUGAAGAGAAUUUCAACGUCGCACUUGGUGUCUUUGUCCUGGCUGGAGUGACAGACCUGUUGGAUGGGUUUAUUGCACGGAACUGGGCUAAUCAGAAAUCAGCACUGGGCAGUGCUCUGGAUCCCCUGGCAGAUAAAAUUCUCAUCAGUGUGCUCUAUGUGAGCCUAACUUGUGCAAAUCUWAUUCCAGUUCCACUGACUUCCAUGAUUAUCCUGCGGGAUGCRGCGCUCAUCGCUGCUGUUUUUUAUGUGCGAUACAAAACUCUUUCUCCACCGAGAACACUGAGUAGGUAUUUUAAUCCCUGCUAUGCUACUGCACAAUUAAAACCGACAUUCAUUAGCAAGAUGAAUACAGCAGUUCAGCUAAUUUUGGUGGCAGCUUCUUUAGCAGCUCCUGUUUUCAAUUAUGUGGACAGCAUAUAUCUGCAGACAUUAUGGUGCAUCACAGCUUUCACAACGGUGACAUCUGCCUACAGCUAUUACCACUACGGCAGAAAAACUGUCCAGGUGAUCAAGAACAAAUGAAGUGGUCCAGGUGAUAAAAAAUGAAGUGUUCCUGGAAGGGCAGGAAGGUGCUGUUCYCCCAAGGGUGGUGGUAUUGCAGCUGAGUUUUGGAUCAAAGUACUCUUUUUUUUCUCUGCUUAAACCAUGGCAUCACAAUGAAGUGAAAUUUGAAUAUGUACUGUGUAUAUAUGUAGAGAGAGACUUUUCAAUGUAUUUUUAAUUUCUUUAAAAAUGAGGUUGUUUACAAAAACAAAUAAAUAACAUUCUUAAAAACACGGUGCCAUUUGCAUUCUGAGUAAUUUUAUAUUGUUUUUGAAAUCAAAACACACACUUGGCACCAGAUUUGUUUUGCCAUAUUCAUGCCAGGCACUGAGUAUGCUGAGUUCUGAGGAGAAAAAGCAAUUACAAGAACAAAUUUGUCUUUGUACCUCAACCUAAGUCAACAAACCAGCAUUUWAAAAUUAAUUUUUAAUUUAAUUUUAAGUUAAAUCCAUUAGGAUUUAAAGACAUACCUGAGGUUUCAGCAGAAGAAAGCACAUUAUUGAGAGACAGAAAUUUAAACCAGAGAGAAAUUUUACUUUAUAUUUCAUGGGUGAUAUGGAUAAGGCAUUUACUGUUCCUACCCUGCUCCCUUUUCUUUUAAAAUAUGAGCAAUGGUGAACUGUGCCCAAAUAGAGUUAAAGUUUCUCAUGCUAUAUAUUCGUAUCUCCAGAUUCUUUAAACUUGAGAAGAUGCUGUUUAAUCCAAAUACCCCUGACUAAAGAGGACAUUUAAAAUAUUGUCCAAAUGAAUGGAUACAGUGGAAAUAACUUAGAUUCAUGUACUGUUAAUUCUUCCYGUAGUUCUAUCUUCAAGAGGUGCUCUGUUGUCCUCCCUCAUGUGAGGACAAUUUGUUCUUUGCCUGUUCUAUACCUAAAAAACAGAAGAAAGAACAAGACAGAACAGGUCAAGUUGAUCAUAAACUCAUGUUUUCCUUUUCUGACAAUUUUUCUGACUAWUUUUCUUCCAUAUCAUUAAAAAGAGUGCAACUAUGAAGGCUUUAAAUGUUUGAAAUCAGGAGGUAAAUWAUACCACUGUAGUAUUAGAGAAAGGAAACUUUCUGUAGACACUUCUUUUGAGAGCACACCGUCUCUUUUGUGACAGUAUAUGUUUGUGUAUACAAACACUUUUAAUGUAUUUUUUAAUAUUUAAAUGUAUAAAAUUGUGUAUGGAGAAAACACUUGAUCUUUCUUAGUGCCUCAUGUUUUGUGCUCAACCCUGCGUCUUUCAGCAAAGGAUAGAGGGCAAAGCCUGUGGAAUUUUCCUUAAAAUACAUGAGUGGUGAAAUGGAGAAAAAGCAGAAUUUUUUUUGUACUCAGUGCGGUAAUUGCUGUUUGGUUCUGGUCAAUAUAACUGGGCUUUGUUGGGGGA